ACUUUGCCAUUAUGUGAAAGCUGCUGUAGACACUACAUGAAGAAUAUGGCUGUGAUCCAAUGGACCUCUACUUACAAAACACCUAGUGGAAUGUAGUUUCCUGACCCAUGUUAUAGAUGGUUCAUAAAACACAUCUCACUUUAGCGAAGAAAGAAUCAGGUCUGGGAAGGCAUGGUGUACUUUAUUUAAAGUUCAUGUAUUUUUCAUCAGCUUCAAGUAAAUAGAACCAGUGUAAUGGAAUAAGGUGUACAAAAUUGAUAUCUCCAAGGCAAGAGCUGUUAUGUAGGCAGAAAUUUUUCCUUUUACAACAGCUUGUAGAAAACUGAGAAAAGCAAGUCUUGGCUUGAUUGGAGACACAAGGAGCUAGGAUCCUUUAAGGGGUUGCAGACCUGGACUGUGUCUUGUUUCACUGCCGGUCCCCACUUUUUGACAGAGAACCCAGCACGUAUCCUUUAGGAAGUACUUGUUAAGGAUGGUGGCACCACCUUCCAGUUCAUUUCCCACAUGGAUCUCUGAUCUCUCCUUUAUACUGCCUCCUCCAUGGGGCUUCUAGGUGGAAUGACUGUGUAAUGGCCCCAUCCCUCUCUUAUAGGAAAAGUCACUAAAGAAAUUUGUAAUAAGUUGUAUAGUUUAACUUUCAGUAAAAGCAUAUAUUUGUGGAUAAUGUUUACAUCAGUGUUACUGUCUGUGGCUUCUGAGAUAAUUGUAUUGGGGAACAUGUUUAACUCUAAUGGCAGCAAAUUAUAUGGCUGAUACUGUCUGUGAUGCUUUCUUGAAACUAUUUAGUCAGGCUGGUAUUUAGAGCUGGCUCAUAUUGUGAGUUCUGUGUUGCAACAGGAUAUACAUUAAUGUGUCACCGUGGGAUGGAAGGUAGGUCUGUAAGUCUUUCUGUAAAUAUCUGAGGAAUGACUGUUGGGUAAGUUUAACAGUCCACAAGGUACCUGUGGUGAUUUUGACCAAGACUUUCUCUCCAGCAGAACCAAGGACAGAAUUCCAGCCAUGUCUUUCCUGGCCGGUGGCCUUUUCCAGUCCUCAAUUCCUCAGACAAUAUGUGUUGUGCGGUCACCCCCCUCAGAUCUUCCCAAGCUCUUCUGCGGGAAACUACUUCCCACUAGAAGCUCCAAGCUGCUCAAGUGAAAAAGCAGAAGAUGGAGAGAGAAAAGGCUCUAAUACCAUGUUCAAGAGGCCGCAGCAGAAUGGGACUUCAAGUGUAUUUUUUAGCCCAUUUCAAGGUCAGCCAGUAGACACAGUGGUAGGCAGCAGAGGUGGAGGAAUAAACCAGGGGAUGACCUCUAAGGAGAGAGACAGAGUGUUGAUGAGGAAAGACAUCUCAGAAUCUGGAGCAGUCACAUAUGGAAAAUAUAGACUAGGACUUAGCACAAACCCAAGUCUCUUUAGCGUCCAGAAGCAUCAUGUGUGUCCAGAAUGUGGCAGAGGCUUCUGCCAGAGGUCAGACCUCCUCAAGCACCAGAGGAUGCACACAGGGGAGAAGCCUUAUAGUUGUAGGGAGUGUGGGCGAGGCUUUGGCCGGAAAUCCUCUCUCACCAUACACCAAAGGAAGCACUCGGGGGAGAAGCUAUAUGUGUGCAGGGAAUGUGGACGACAUUUCAGAUAUACAUCCUCAUUCACUAACCACAAAAGGAUACACUCUGGGGAGAGACCCUUUGUAUGUCAGGAGUGUGGGCGAGGCUUUCGCCAGAAGAUUGCUCUCAUCCUGCACCAGAGGACACACUUUGAGGAGAAGCCUUUUGUGUGUCCUGAGUGUGGUAGAGGCUUUUGCCAGAAGGCAUCACCUCUCCAACACCGGAGCUCACAUUCAGGUGAGAGGCCCUUCUUGUGCCUGGAGUGUGGGCGUGGCUUCAGGCAGCAGUCCCUGCUCCUCAGUCACCAGGUCACACACUCUGGAGAGAAGCCUUAUAUCUGUGCUGACUGUGGGCAUGGUUUUCGACAGAAGGUCACCCUCAUCAGACACUAGAGGACACACACAGGGGAGAAGCCUUACCUGUGCUCUGAGUUUGGGCGUGGCUUUAGCCAAAAGGUCUCCCUCAUGGGACACCAGAGAACACACACUGGGGAGAAGCCUUAUGUGUGCCCCGAGUGUGGGCGGGGCUUUGGUCAGAAGGUCACUCUUAUCAGACACCAGAGG